GUAUCACCAGACAGAUUCCUCGUCCUUUCUUGCCGUAAAUUUCACCAUGAUCUUACGUUUCAUCGCGACAGCGUCACAGACACCUCGUCUGUGGUGGUGUCUGUGGUGACAGCAUCGUCAUCAACAAUCGGUAUCAUACCGUGUCAACUACCGUCUCAACAUGUAGAUUGUGAUGUAGAUGUCGCGAAAAGAUGCUUCAGAAAAAUAAGGAGAUUGAAACGAUACGAUAGAUCGAGAAGGUAAAAGAGUGUGAGUGAUACUGCAUGGUGGGACAGCGAGGAUGGCUCAUGGGAUGGCGAGGUGGAAAGAAGAGGAGAGAGCAUGAAAGAAAGAAAACGUUAAAAGUAGAUGAAGACGGUUAGAAUAAUGGCGGAGAAGAAGAUAGUGUAUUGUGAUAUUUUUUUUUUACAACAGCUCGAAAUUAAACUACUUGCAAAUUGUGCAAGAGUGGCAAAAAGUAUGUUCCAACGAUUAUCUCUUCUCCAUUUUUGAUUCAACGACUAUCUUUGCGGACUUUACCACCGUCCCUGUGCUCGAUUCUCUUAGGUCGCCAUAUUACUGUGUUGUGCUGUGUAGUAUCGUUUUGUGUCGUGGACAUUAUCACUCUCGUACCAAGAUCAAGACAAAUAUUUGAAAUAGUUCGACGUAUCGCUGUAUUUUACGAGAAGUGAGAAUAAAAUCAACGGACAUGAUUUAUACACGUAAAUUUGUCUCUGUUAACCUAUAGCGAAUGAGUGAAUCGAAGCGUCGAUUCGAUUGACAUGAGGUGCAUUUGUGGAAAGCAGUCGGCUGUCUAUUCCGAAAUGUAAGAGCAAGAGGAGAAAAAAUCGGUGCUAAAGUGAUCGUACCAAUGUGCAUAUCGUUCAUUUGUAAUUAUGUAUAUUCGCUAUACGCAUACGUCUAUUUACGAGUCGUGUAUUCGCUUGAGAGUACGUCGAUAUGAGCGAUAAUUGUGACAAAACGUUAAUCACGAAGAAGAUUAUGUCUUGGAAAACGAAGUUUGUCUGCCGUCAACGCAUUCUUUAUGGCAAGAGGUACAUAGGCUGGAGUAUCUUUUUUCGACUCGUCGGCGCAUAGCUGGUGCGGAUGAACUUUUUAAGAGAGAAGAAAAAUAUUAAAGGGCUCUAUAUAUAUACGUUUGUAUAUAUAUACUCCCAAUUAAUUUAUCCCUGUAUCAGGGAAAACGAGGGUGUAACGAGACAGUGGCGCAGCGAGCACUCGAUGCGCGACAUUUCCUACUUGAGGAAACGGCACAAUGGCUGAGGACCGAAAUAAUUCCCAACGGUUGGUUAGGCAGGCGCACACGAAUUUCUUUCAGAUAGAACACGGUUCACCACCACCGCCGCCGCCGCCAACAUCAGCACUUUCAACAGGGUCAGGCGGUGUCGGGGCAACAGUGGCUGGUGCGAUAGGGGCAACAGCAAACGUUCAACAAUACAGUAAUUCGCCACCGCGAGGUCCGCGAACGUUGCUGCUACGCCGCGGUGAAAAUGGUUUUGGUUUUACUCUUCGCCAUUUCAUCGUUUACCCGCCAGAGUCCUGCUGUAUGCUGCCAGGACACGAACGAACGAGGAUAGACGAGCCGAUGGAUACGAUAUUCGUGAAACAGGUACGGGGAAAUUCGCCAGCAGCCGAAGCAGGCUUACGUACAGGGGACAGGGUCGUUUCCGUCGAUGGGAAACCAACACGCGGUGAACAAUACGCAAAGGUGGUUCAACGUAUCCAGCAGGCUGGACCGUGGUUACGACUUCUCGUAGUGUCCAAAGAGGACGAUAUUCUGCAAAGAUAUUUCGGCGAAACUGCUCAUAAUCCUGAAACCAAUCAACGACCGCGUCUUCGUUCCCCGGAAAGGGGUGGGCACAGGCAACGUAGAUCGGUCAGCAUGAUACCCGGUUUGUCGCCAAGAACGAGACAAUCCUGGGUUUGUUCCCUGCGAUGUUCAAUGCCGACACCGUUCUGUCACGACCAAGACUCACCUCGGCAACUGAUCGACGAUAGCGUUCCCGUAGGAGUCAUCGAUAAACAUCAACAACAGUUGCAACGAAAUAUCGGCAAAUCGAACAAUUUUGUUGGAACUCUGUCUAGAAUACACGAAAAUGUUACGAGCGCCGGCACGUUACUCCCUGGUGAAAGACAAACGAUGGAUACAAAGAAUGGUACUUCUUCUUCUUCUUCUUUGCCUUCGUCUCCUGGGCCGGAGAAGAAGGUAAAUGACAAAUUUCCAAUACUGCCGCAAGGGCUUCAAAUUGUGUCGAAGCGAGCGAAGCAGUUCGAGUCCGGACGAUUGUUAAGCGACGACGACGAACCAACUGGCGAUCGCAUCAGCCUCUACAAGAGCGAGCUGUCGAGAUUGUCGACCAAGCAUAGCGUACCAAACGUUGCCGUUAGAAGAAGAGAAUUCGAAUCGAAAGCCGAAGCUCAAGAACCAAGAAGAGUAUUACCUGUGCCAAUCAGGGAAACGAAAUCCUUGGAUAAUGGUAGCGGAUUAAAAGGAAACAGAAUAAUACCUGUAGGCAGCAAACACAUCCACUGUGAACCACCAAUCAACUAUAACACGCUAGAAGAGACAUCAAGUCCGCGAAUCGCAGACGGAGAAAAAGUACGGCCGAGGAUUCGUAGCAACAGCGCCGAAUCGUGGGAAUCGACGGGUGCGAGUAAUUUGUUAAGUACCGUUAGACAUCACUGGUUUCAGCGACAAGACGAUACCGAGCGAAAGCGAGAUACGAAUGGAAACGACAGUAGUGUUUACGGUGAUCCAACCAACAUUCGUGAUGGGAACGAGAAAGUCGUCGAGAAGGGAAUUAGAAGGCAGCAGCAGCAGGAUGGUUACGCGCAGAUGAUUAAAACUGAAUCUGGUGUACUGCUACCGGAUAACGACAUACAUAAUAACGAGGUUGUAUUCAGGCGGCAAAAGAAUACGCAAAUUGACGAAGAUCGUGCCACAAGAAGAGUGUCCUACUUGAAAGCAACUUGGGGCGAGCGGAUCCAUGUCGACAGUGAUUUAGAACUAAGCGAUUCCGAGCCUAUCACCCAUAGUUGUAGAAGCAUUCAUAAGAGAUGGCGGCUACCGCUACUUCCAAACGAUAUAGCAUCGCUGCGUCGCAUCUUCGAGGAAGUGACUCAAUCGACAAGUUUAAACAAAAAUAUUAAUCGCGGCAGUACCAUCUGUCCCGGUCGAGAAGCAGCUAUUGACAUUGUAAAAGAUGUCGGACAAGUGGAACGGGAGGGACCUCUACAUGUCAAAUUUACUGUACUUGAUGGCAAGCGAUCUUCCGAUCGUUCGUGGAAACAACUAUGGGGCGUCCUUCGUGGACCGAUUCUCUUCUUUUACAAGGAUCGUCAAAAUCAGAGUCCUUCGUUAUCCUACGAUGGUGAAAACGUAGCUCAAAGCGUAGAUGUGAGAUGCUCGCUCGUAGAUAUCGCGGAAGAUUAUACGAAACGCAAACAUGUACUACGGUUGGCGAAUCCAAACGCAGAGGUUCUACUACAGACUGAAGACGCAGCGUCCAUGGCACUUUGGUUACGAGCCCUGCACGAGCAUGCUGCUGCAGAAAAACCGUCCGAAAUUACCCAUAAUAGUACUUUGAAGCAGCAAGCCGUUCCGCAGACUCCAGGUCCAACUAGCAGUUCUUCGACAUCUCAAACGACCACCAGUACUAGUCCAAUGACAAUGUCGAGUGGUAGUGGUAGCGCUGGUCAACGAUUAAGUCCUCUCCCAGGACAUAAAGGCAUCAAAAAAUUAACCUCGUUCAGGAACAGAUCUCCGACUGGACAAUCUCCGAUAAACAAAACUCGGAAACCGAGUCAAACGAUCGACAGUUUGGUUUCUCCAAAGACCAAGACAUGGAAAGGUAGAGUCGCGAAACAAUUGCGAAGAAUGCACGGUCAAACAGGAUCUCCUUCCUCGCCAACAACGCAACUGCCGCCAGAAGGUGCUACGUUCAAAGUACCGCUCGAACUCUGUCCACCGUCAUCUUUCUCGGAAUAUGUGCCACUGAUCGUUGAAAUGUGCACGAGCAUCGUUGAAGCGAGAGGUCUCGAAGUUAUCGGCAUCUACAGAGUGCCCGGUAACACUGCUGCUAUUUCCCAGUUAACAGACAGCGUGAACAAAGGAUUUGAAAAUAUCAAUUUGCAGGAUCCCAGAUGGAGCGACGUAAAUGUAAUAUCUUCUCUGCUCAAGUCGUUCUUCCGACAACUACCGGACUCGUUGCUCACCUCGGAGUUGUACCCAAUGUUUAUCGAUGCGGAUAAAGUCGAAGAUCCCCAAAGAAGAAUGACAACGAUAAGAAAGUUACUGAGAGAUCUUCCGGAACAUCACUUCGAAACUCUCAAGUAUUUGAUGUUUCAUUUAAAACGAAUAGUCGAACACAGCGAGAUCAAUAAGAUGGAGGCGAAGAAUUUGGCCAUUGUGUUUGGCCCUACGUUGGUUAGAGCGAGUGGUUCCAGAGACAAUAUGGUUACUAUGGUUACUGACAUGUCCCACCAAUGUCGGAUUGUCGAAAGCUUGUUGAACAACGUGGACUGGUUCUUUUCGGACGAUGAUUUGGACGAUUUAAGCAGAUUGAGCGUGAAUCUUAGUCUUCCAGCUGACACUAGCGAGAUCGAGACUACAACCUCUAAUAAUCAUAAUCUUUUGUUGAAUAACAUUCAGAAAGUCGAAGGAGUACGCGAAAUGGCAUCUGCCAAGGACAUCGUGUCGUCCAUCAUAUCUGCCGCUAAUCGAAAAAUACAAAGAAGGAGGAAAUGUCAGGAUGAGACGGAUAACGAAAGUCACGAAGUCGAUAAGCUGAGGAUGAAGCAAGAGGCAGAGAAUCUUCAAAAUCGGCGAAGUAUGGCAUUGAACGAGAGGCAAUGUUCGGUCAGUGAAAUCGUUUUAAUGCACGAAAGUCAGAAUCAGUUGAAUCGUUCGGCCGAUCGUUCGGAACGGUCACCGAUGCUCGACGAGACUGCCAGCACAGAUAUCGUCGGUGGUUCCGACGGUAUAACCGACUGCACCAUCAAUUCUCACGAUUGCGUGUUAAAGUGCAGCCACGGUGACGUUCCCUCGGACAAAUCAAACAAAUAUUUAAACCGUAUGAUAGAGUCGGCUCCAUCGAUUCAGUCGAGUCAUCGCUCGGCCGUCUCGUCGGCUUCCGAGUCCUCCCGACUCUCUAGCGAGACUGGCCUGAGCUGCUUCGACGCAAGUUCGACGCUUUCGAGCGCUUCGAACGACACGAAACAAAGCAACGACGAGGUCACGAUAAGAACGUACGCUGGAUUGAGCGCGUCUACGCAAGAACGUAUACGAAGGUUCGAGCAAGAAACAAAGGCGAUGUUGCAGCGGGAUCGGAAUCGACAGAGACGAGAAGCGGAGAGGAGAGAAGAAGAGCGACGGAGAAUCGAGAUGGAAUGGCAGUUGGCUAAACGUGAAAUGGAGAACGACGAUCUACUCGACAACAUAGUAGAUACGACUGUGACACCUGCUGCUACGUACCUUUCGCCAGCAACGCGGCUUUCUAGUUUUAACGAUAGGCUCACCGAUAAAUCUUUCCUCGAUAUCGGCUCCCGAUCGACCGCUCGAAUGCCGCCUCUCUCGAUCGCUGUGCAGCAACAGCCAACACCCGUUAGACGAGUGUCGCAGCUUGCGAACGAAUCUGAGACGAUUCUGCCCUCGGAGAACGUUUCCAACACCAGUACAAAGAAACUGAAAACCGACAGUUUGGAGCAAACUUUGGAACAAUCUCCAACGCUACCGCCAAUUCGUUAUGGCAGUUUGGAUUCUUUACACGAAACGCACAACGUUUCUCAGUCGUCGCCUUCGCCAACCAAUCAGCAACGAAAACCUCUUUCGAGCGAUGUCUCGGAUGACGCUGGAUCUUGUUUCCUACAGUGGACUCAGAAGAUUCUGACUAUUAACAGAAAACUUUCUAGGCAAACGGCAAAUCCCGGUUUCUGGUGGUACAUAUCGUCUCACCUGCACGGUACCGCAAGCCCCACUGGUCCCGCCUCGAAGACACCGGGCCCAUCGCCAAUGCCAAUGUCAAUGCCAAUAUCAAUGCCGAUGUCCGUGCCAAUGCCAAUGCCAAUGCCAAUGCCAAUGUCGAUGCCGAUGCCGAUGCCGAUGCCGAUGCCGAUGCCGAUGCCGAUGCCAGGGCGAAUGCAAGUGCCAGUGUCAGUGUCAGUGUCAGUGUCAGUGUCAGUGUCAGAGUCAAAGUCAAAGUCAGAGUCAGACGCAGCCGACAUCGAUGUUGUGCAACGAUCAUCGGCACCCUCCUCCACGGGGGUGUCACCGGCCUCGGAGCCCCCCGGGUCUCGAUUCUCGGGAUCUGUCGAACCGAUCGAGCAGUCACCACCGCGAGGGGUGUCCUCGGGCUCAGGGGUCGGAUUGUCUUCCAAGACUUUAAACAGAUUCCUUCGAGGUAGUGAUCUGUUGACUAGCUUGACGACCACGUUCGAUCGUAAAUGGAAGUCCCUGGUAAACUCGUCGAAUCAAACCAUUCGUGGAUUCACUAUGGAAAAUCUGUCUCUCAGCGACGAGGAUGCCGCGAUAACGCGAGACUCGCAAAACUUGCGGAAUCAACGAGGAGGUGGCGACGUUGGUGGACGGGGAGGUGGAUUACGAGACGAGAAAGAGAAACGCAAAACAACCGGCCCGCGAUCCUGUUCUGCUGAAACUUAUCGAGAUCCAAGCCUCCAUAAGACGUCUGUCGAUAAGCAUCAAUACGUUCGUCAGAAAAAUGAUGCUCCGGAAAAGGACACGGAUUCAUCGGUGACGGAGAAUAGCGGCAUGGUCGAUCGACCGGACAAUAUCGACGUACCGGAUAACGAUCGAAGCGCUAUCGUACGAAAAAGGAUCGAGUUGAAACAGCAAGAGCAAUUGCGAUCGAGCAAGGAGAUGACGAUGACGACAACAACGACAACGACGACGACGACGACAACGACAACGACAACAACGGCGUCGUCUUCGACGGUGACGGUGACGGUGACAACGACGGCGGAGGCGACGGUGACAGCGGCAACGACGACGGCAACGUCGACGACUUCAACGACGACAACGACAACAACGACGCCGACACCGACAACAGCAGGCUACGAAGCGAGUUUAACUGCAAACGAGGCGCAAGAGUGCUGCAAGCCCGAAAAAGAAACGUCGAUGUUGGCGCAAAACGGUGGUGGCAAAGCGAUCGAUGGCGCGAAAGAUCUCCGACACGAUGUCGACUCGGCGAAUUACUCCAACAAGCUCGAAAAAUUCGAGAGCCUGACAAAUUUCGAAGUCAGAUCGCGACUGAAGAGAUCGGAAUCCUUGAACAAGAGAUCCGAGAAUACCUCGUCCAAGUUGAAGAGAUCGGAAAGUUUGAACAAACAUUCUGUGGAGAGGCUCUCGUCCCCGACCAAUGGCAAACUGAAGCGAUCCGAAAGUUUGAACAAGCAUUCGGAGAGAUCCGAUUCUCCGAAUAGCAAGUUAAAGCGAUCCGAGUCAUUGACAAAAACUGAGAAAACUGAAUGUAAUAUUAGUAAGAGGCGGCAGUCGGUUAGGAAAGACGGCGCGACGAAAUUGAAACGAAAGAAUGGUAUGCCCGAACGAUCGAUCAAACGUCGGCACACUGUAGGCGGUACCAAGGAUUUCGACAAGGUGCAUUGGUUGGAUAACAAAUUGCAGGUCGAGGCUGAGAAAGUAGUUAGAAACGAGUAUAGGCCGAAGAAAAGUCAAUUGAGAACAAGUUCUCCGGAUUUAAGUACCGCUCGCAUCGGACUCACCGACGCUAGUUUUCUUAUCGAGGUCAGUUUUCGUGGCCCGAGCAACGUCGUUUUCAACGUGACUAAUGCCCGCCCGCAGUCCUUGCCGGAUACUAGCUUGGCUUCCAAAGUGUAUAAAGUACCCCUCGAGAGUCAUGUCUAAUAAUGCAUGCGCAAUGCAUCUGCCAAACCUGUCUGUAAGGUACGUUGCAACGAAGAAGGAAAGCACGUAAGCACGUAAACGUGACUGCGAAAGAUGAAAAGAAUAUCGCAAAUAUCAAUAUUUCGCUCAUUCAGCGUAACGCGUCGUAACGUUUCGUUUCUUUUUCACUGAUUGUGAAAGCAUUUAUAUUAUAUCGCAGCCUGUCAAUUAUUAUACCGUACUUGUAAAUCGUGCGCGAAUCUGUGCAAUCUUUUUUGUACAUAUAUAAUGUAUGUAGACUAUACAGUGGAAUUAGCAACUGAUCACUCUAAACGUUGUAGUAAGUGGUGCGCGUAUUAUGUAUGUAUGCAUGUGGCUUUUAUCCUGCGUAUACCGUACGUAUAUGUAUGUUGCGUAUUCUUCAUAUCGUUACAACAGAAUAAUAAUGGUGGAACAAGCGUUAUAAUCCAUAAGUUUUCUAUUUCUUACGAGUGGAAUAACCGAGAAUACGAUACGAUUAAACGCAUCGGCUGUGUGAUGUCGGUCAAUUUCAUCGACAUUUAUCAUCUGUCUAUACUAUUUUAGACAUAUGCGUAUACGUAUACGUAUACGUAUGCAACGAUUCGCCAACCAUGUUGCUCGUCUUUCCAGAACGAGUACUAUUCGUUUCAUCGUUUAUAAACCCGUGUUAAACGAACUGGAAAUCUUUGUCCGUUUAACAGGAGCGAGCACGGGAAUGCAGGCGAACCGUAAUAUUCUGUUUGCUUGAGCAAACGUGGUUUCGUUGUUAAAAGUGUUGAUCGAUCGAUCGAUCGAUCGAUCGAUCGAUAAGGCCGUUAAAUCAUGUAGGGCAGCUUACGAGCUUGACAAUCUUAGAAUUGUAAGACUUUCUUAGACUUGUAAAUACAUGUAGACAUUACGUAUUUACGUAUGUAAACAAGUGAAAUUGUAGGAAUCGACGAUAAAGCGAUAUUUAUUUUAAAUCCGUAACAAUCGUGAUACUAUUAUUUAUUGAAUACGCGAGAUACCUGGAAUUGGAACUAGUAUGUACUAUCUAUAAAUACGUGGUAUCAAAUUUGUAAAUAAAUCUUAUAUAUUGCUAAAUUAAAAAGCUAGUUCAACAUGUUAA